UGCAUCGGAAUGGUAAAGCGAGAAUGUGCAUGGAGGAUGUGGAGUAGCUGAAGUUGAUGCAGAAGACUGCUGUGUGGAAACAUUCACGUUUACACUGGUAAAUGAAAGUGUAAUGAGGUCUCCAUUGAGCCUGCAGCGGGUCAGACUCACUGACUGAUGGACACACAGAAGAGGAAAAAGGGGAAAUCUCUCUACUGAAACGCUUCUUUUUCCCCCUUUUUUUUUAUAUUUCUUAACUGACAUGUAGUUUACCGUCGUUUGGUGGGGACAUGUAAGUGUUUGUGUUUGCAUUUUUAGUAUGAUAUUGAGUCCGAUAUGUCUGAUGUGACGCCGAGCAAAAGCGUGGAAUGGCUGCAACUCGAGCUGGAGUCCGGAGGCGCUUCUCUGCUCCUGCUGGACUGCCGCUCACAUGAGCUGUACGAGUCGUCCCACGUCGAGACCGCCAUGAACCUGGCCAUCCCGGGGCUGAUGCUGCGGAGGUUCAAGAAGGGAAACAUACCUAUACGUACCAUCAUCCCCAACCACGAGGAUAAAGAGAAGUUCAUCCGGCGCUGCAAGACGGACACGGUGCUCCUGUACGACGAGAGCACCACCACCACCGCCGUCACCACCACCACCACCACGGCGGCGACGGACUGGCAGGACAGCGGCGCUCCGGCGUCCGUUCUGGGGCUGCUUCUGCAGAAACUGUGGGAAGACGGUUGUAAAGCGUUUUACCUGGAAGGUGGAUUUGUAAAGUUUCACACUGAGUACCCAGAGCACUGUGAGACCCUCCUAGACAGCUCCUGUCCCAGCUCCUCUCCUCCGCUGUCCGUCCUUGGUUUCGGGAACCUCCGGAUCAGCUCAGAUUGCUCCGAUGGGGAGUCCGAUCGAGAGCCGAGCAGUGCCACAGAGUCCGAGGAGAGCCCCAUCCCCAGCAAUCAGCCGGCCUUCCCCGUCCAGAUCCUACCGUACCUUUACCUGGGCUGUGCCAAAGACUCCACCAACCUAGACGUGCUGGGCCAGUACAACAUCAAGUACAUCCUGAACGUCACACCCAACCUCCCCAACAUGUUUGAGCACGACGGCCACUUCAGGUACAAACAGAUCCCCAUUUCGGACCACUGGAGUCAGAACCUGUCACAGUUCUUCCCGGAGGCCAUUUCAUUUAUAGAUGAAGCUCGGUCCAAGCAGUGCGGCAUCCUGGUCCACUGCCUGGCCGGCAUCAGCCGCUCGGUCACCGUCACCGUGGCCUACCUGAUGCAGAGACUCAACCUCUCUCUGAACGACGCUUACGACUUUGUCAAGAGGAAGAAGUCCAACAUUUCCCCCAACUUCAACUUCAUGGGUCAGCUCCUGGACUUUGAGAGGACGCUGGGGCUGCACAGUCCCUGCGAUAACCGCUCCACCAGCGAGGAGCAGCUCUUCUUCACCACACCGACCAAUCACAACGUCUUCCAGCUGGACACGUUGGAGUCCACAUGAGAGUCAAUUGGAUGGCCUUUUUUUUUUUUUUCUUUUUUUGUCAUUUCCUGUGGUGUCUCUGAGGUUUUCCUGGGCCUGUCAGAUGCCUAACUAGUUGACCCAGUAAGUCAGUCACAGUAUUUCUCAACCAAAAGGAACUACAUUGAUCCGUUAAAGGAACACAGAACAUGAGAUUAGAUCCAGCCUGCCUUAAUUUCUAACACAAGGAUGACCUUUGCCGUCCACCAUACAUGGCAUUAAUCAGUGGUCAUGUACGACCCUUAAUAACAGGACAUUUCAUAACUUUUCUAUUAAACCUAGGAUUGUUGUUUGACUGUUAUUUGUUAUUCACCAGCUGCAAAGCGGAAGUAAUGUUUUGAUUAUUGCCUUGAUGGUCUAAAAGGAGUCUUUGGCCAAUCAGAAUGUUUUUCUGGGGACCAAUCCGAGAUGUUUUGAAGGUACUCUAGCUAAAGGAAAUAAGCUACUACAGCGAUCCGGCCUUGAAAUAUUGUCCAGUUUUUCUUCUGAUGACUGGUUGCAGCUCACCUGCAGCAGAAUGGAGUUUUACCACAGAAAGUAUUUUUUCUUGUGUUUUCAUUUAGAAUACUUUCACUGAUGUCUGGUGAACACCACGACGUUAAAUAGUUUGUAACAUCCUGUGGCCACUUUGUGUUUCGAAAUCAAAGUUCAAACCUAUUAUUUUCCAGAAACGCCCCUGUACAUUCUAUUUCUUAUAACUGCUAAUUAUUUGCAUGUGAUCUUGUUCUACCGAGAACCUUGUUUUGUAACCUUCAGGUCAUAUUUCCUGUUGUUGUUGUUGAGGCCUUGAUCAUAACCUAACAUGGAAUUGAACUAUAUAUAUAUAUAUAUGUAUAUAUAUAUAUAUAGUCAGUUACUUCCAGGUCGAGGUUUAGGGUAUAAGACUGGCUUCUUUGCCAUGAUUGAAAGGAACAAAUGUGUAAGUAAUCAGUGUAUAAAGGAAUGGAUGUUCACCUUAUUUUUUACUCCUUCGGUCUGCAGCUACUCCCUCCUGAUGACAUGAUAUGUAAUUAGCUGUUCUCUAUUGCCAGUCUGGUCUCAGAACAAACGAGCGAAUUUGAUGUGCGAGAGGGAAUGAAAGGAAACGAGUUUGACGAAAUGUGUUCUUACCUCACAGAGAGACAUUUUCAGGGAUUUUUUUUAUACAAGUCAUCUGUAUCUCGUCACGGCCCCUUAAACGUGCAUCCAAGGGCUGUUUCGUUUGCUAUGUUUGUGUAAAGAUGUACAUAAAAUGUGGUUGCCAUGGGGGACAUUUUCUUAAAAUCAUGAAGGAUGCGAAAGUGACCCUGUUUUGACCCUUAUGUAUAGUAUAUGUAAAGCUAAAUGUCCAAGACAUUCUGUACAAGUUUAUACAACAAAUAUAUUGUA